CCCGGAAGUAUACGUAUUUACACACGUACACACAGAAAUCACUUCCAGGUCCCUGUGGUCUCGCGAGAGUUUGUACUCGGCGGUAAAAUGGCGGCUCCCGGGGCUGAUGGACCGUCUGGAGCUGGGGACGAAGCGUUCUCCACGUUUUAUACUGAGGUUAAACAGAUUGAAAAACGUGACUCUGUGUUCACCCCAAAGCAACAGAUAGAGAGACUAAUAAGGCCUGGAUCCUCAUAUUUCAACUUAAAUCCGUUUGAGGUGCUACAGAUUGAUCCAGAAGUGACAGAUGAUGAUGUUAAGAAGAGAUUCAGACAGUUAUCAAUUCUUGUUCAUCCAGACAAAAAUCAAGAUGAUCCACAAAGAGCUCAGAAAGCCUUUGAAGCUGUAGACAAGGCAUAUAAACAGUUGCUAGAUCCUGAGCAGAAGAAGCGGGCACUAGAUGUUAUCCAGGCUGGACAAGAGUACAUUGAGCAUGUAGUAAAAGAAAAAAAAAAGCAGUUGAAAAAAGAAGGAAAAUCAGUAGAUGUUGAAGAAGAUGACCCUGAAGUUUUCAAACAGGCUGUGUACAAACAAACCAUGAAGCUUUUUGCCGAACUGGAAAUUAAAAGAAAAGAGAGAGAAGCUAAAGAAAUGCAUGAAAGGAAAAGACAGCGAGAGGAAGAAAUAGAAGCUCAGGAAAAGGCUAAACGCGAGAGGGAGUGGCAGAAAAACUUUGAGGAAAGCCGAGACGGGCGCGUUGACAGUUGGAGAAAUUUCCAAGGCAAAAAAACGAAAAAGGAAAAGAAAGCGCGGACAUUUUUAAAACCACCAAAAGUGAAGAUGGAGCAGAGAGAGUGAUGUCCCCACAGUGGAUGCUUGUCACUUCAUUAUGAACUUCAUUUAUGAACAGCAUUGUCAUCUUCUUAGUAUCUAUUUCACUUGACAUCUGCCUGGGGAGUAGUUACUAUAUCCUAACUUGUGUUUUGGACUGUUUCUUCUCCACUUUUUUCAUUUUUUUUUUCCUGUUGGGGAAUAUUAUAAUUUAAUGUUUUGUAUAUGAGUUAAUUUACCUGGUUAUAUAGUACACAUGAAAAAAACAGAAAGUACAGUUAAGUAUGCAGCAUCUUACAGUGCAAUACUGUAAUCCAUGAACAAGCAUUGUGGUGUAGCAGGGAUUUUCAUGAAAUGCUGGCUUGCCAUUAACCUUCAGGAAAUUGUCUUGUAUGUGAUAGAUACAUAGCACAUCUCUUAUUGGCUUGUAGAAGAUGAAGAAAUAAGUGACUAGCGUGAGGUUAGUCAUUGGCUGUGUAAUACUCCAAUUCUGCCCCUUUAUCAAUAUGUAAAGAGCUGCAAUAUGUUAAAUACUGGAAUAGGACUCCAUGUUAUUGCAAGUCUAACUGCUAUCAGAACCUGAUACAUGUGUAUUAUUCUAAUAAAUCAUGGAUAUACAUGGUGUGUCCAAGAUUGAUUCAAAUUUUUUUCUUUUUUGCUAUACUGUUAGGCAUAUACAUAUAAAGGUGUUUUUUUUAGUAAAAAUAAAAUAAAUAAAAAUAAAGCUUUAUGCUCAUAAUGAAAAGUUUAGCAAUUUCCUAACAUACCUUAGUUUCAUACCAUAUUGGCUGGCAGUGAACAUAAAGAGGUGGCAAAUCUGUACAUUCCUAGUCCUGCUUUUAGCUGGUGGGAUAAAAUUGUAUCCAGUCUAAACAAUGGCAUGUGAGCUACAGUAUACCUUAAAGGCAGCACAAGUAUCUGAUAGUUGACAAAUGUCAGGUAUAGGAGGACUAUUCCCAUACACAUUAACCCUUUUACUGCAAAGAAUGUAAAGCAUGUAAAAUACUGCUGCAGUAUGAAACUAAGCUCCCAAAGUAGAUCUCUGCACUCUUAGGCUGGUGACAUAUGCAGCGGGGGGGG